AUGACGCCUGACGACUCCAAUCCCGAUCCCGAAACCCCUCAAAAUGACAGAAACGGCCACUUACCCGCUACCCGCAGUAGCUCGAGAACGACUAAGUCCUUGCAGGUCGAUACCGAGACCGCCCAGAAUCUUAAUUCGAACUCUACCCUGAGCAACGAGAUCCUCCAACUUCUGAAUCCGUCUAAAAAACGAAAGUUGAAUGGGCCCCCGUCGCCACCAUGGAAAUCGGCCGCUGCCCAAACUCCCUCCAGCUUCAUCGACGGCACGGGCAGGAAGAGAUCAAUGAGAACCAUGCCGCCACCGCCUACUCCUGUCACUCCGGUAAAGGGGGGUCGACUUACAAGGUCUGCUGCAGCACAAAUAUCACCAGAUUCCUCUACUACGAGCAGUCGCACUAAAACUAAAGAAUACAGACCUGGGACCCGGACAUCACCUAGGUCAAAACAACAGCACACGCCUAUAACCGCCGCCCCAAAAUCUCAGACUCGGGGUAGCGCUAAAUCAACUGCUACCACUUCAUCGUCUCGUAGCCCGGUAGUUACAAAAUCCAACCAAACCCGACAAAGUAUCUAUGUUCGAGCCAAUCCGAAGCAACCCCCUCAAAACUCAUCGAGCCCGAAAAAGACCCGAAAUGCAAUCCGUCUUUCAACAGUUCCUAGAAGGCGAAGUGGAAGGCUUGCGGUGGCUGAGGAGCAUGCUGAAGAUGAGGAUGAAGAUGUUGAAAUGGAAGAUGAACCCCAUGACUUUGUCGAGGGGACUUUUGAUGAUUCUAAGAGGAUAUCGUGGCGACUCAAGUUUAGUCGUAAGGUUAAGCCACCUCUUUUCUGUAACAUUAUGAACAUGCCCAACCCUCGCAAGUUCUCGUCCCUUAGAGAGUAUCUCGAUGCCGAAGAUAACGACCCGGACUACCUCAAACAGAUGCAGGACGGAGCCAUCGCUGAAGCUGUCAAACGGAUCAAGCUCGAAGAAGCCUAUGAAAACGAUUCGCUGCGCCCGGAGAAUCUUCAAUUUGCUUUGCCCCAGGUUGUACCUUUGCCAGAGCGUUUGAAACCGCAAUGGGGACACCAAGAUCACUUUGUUAAUCAUGCCCUCCGCUUCAGUAAACUCUUGAAGAGGGAACGUAUGCAACAUAUCAAGGAUGCCAAAGCAAUCGCUAAAGAUGCUGCUGAAGCCGCACGAAAAAGACGCCCAAAAACCCGUGAAGAAAUCGAACACGAGCAGAGAAAUCUUAGCAUCAAGAGAUACAAAGAAGUUGUAGCUGGUUUCAAAGUCAAAUUGAAGUUCACAGAGAAGGCUGCUCAGGACAUCAGAAGGGAGCAGUAUCUCGAAGCAACCCGCCUAGCUGGUCGAGAAACCCUAAAAAAGAUGCUUCAACACUCCAGCAAGCUCCUAGAUGCACGUAUAAAAACUCGUGACGGCAUUCCUGAAGAUCUUGACGAAAUUGAUGACGAGCUGAAUGCCAACGAAACGGAGGACUUAGUACCUAGUGAUGACUUUGAUGAAAUCGCGAGCGAAAAUGAGAGCGAAGCAUCUGAGGACGCAUCAAACAUGUCUGGUUCGGAUUCGUUGGACGAAGGAAGCGGAGUAGACGAUGAUUGUGACGACAAGCUCAGCCCUGAGGAGCUGCGACGAAAGUAUGCCGGUUUGACCGAAAUCGAGAGUGACAAUGGUUCUGGGGAGGAUGACACGGAUGUAUCGAUGUCCAUGGACGACAUGGGAGGGGAUAAGGGCUUCAGCGAUACAAAUGGAUUUGGUGACAAUAAUCUACGUUGGUUAGGAGAUCAAGAUGAUGGAAGUGACGAGGAUGUUCCGAUGGAUAGUGAAGAUGAAGAAGAAGUAGAGGAAGAGGAAGAGCCUGAUACUGAGGAAGGGGGAAGCGACCGAUACGAAGAAUACUACGAUGGAGAGGAUGAUGACGAUGACGAUGACGACGAUGCUGAGGAUGGUCUGUUUGGCUUCUUUUCAAAGGAUGAAGUUGAUAGGAUUCGGCACAGGAGUGCCGAGGCCUCAAAACGCUCUCAGGGUCUUGAUGGUGUGAAUGAUGAAGAUGAAGAUCUUGAAGAAGUGGACAUGGUGCCAGUUAAUGUGGAAGAAGAACAGGACACCGACAACCUUUCUGAUGCAGACACUGGCGUCCAUCUAGAUGAAGCGGAGCAUUCGGAAAACAAACACCACCCCCAUUCUAGUGAUGACUCAAGUGUCGCUAAGACUGGUAUAUCCGAAGUUAGCAGCGUUACUACUCCAGCAUCUAUUGGCAACAUUGGGGACCACAAAGAACCCAAGACACCAAUUUCGACUCUACUCAGGGGCACCUUGCGUGAGUAUCAACAUUUCGGUUUGGACUGGCUUGUCAACCUUUACAACAAUGGCACAAAUGGAAUACUGGCUGAUGAGAUGGGCCUUGGUAAAACAAUACAAACAAUUGCUCUUCUAUCCCAUCUAGCUACCGAUCGCGGAGUAUGGGGCCCGCACCUUGUGGUUGUACCAACCAGUGUUAUUCUCAAUUGGGAAAUGGAAUUCAAGAAAUGGGCACCGGGAUUUAAGAUUAUGACCUAUUACGGUAGUCGUGAGGAACGACAGGAAAAACGUAAAGGUUGGAUGAACUUAAGUGCUUGGGAUGUAUGUAUUACCUCCUAUCAACUCGUUGUUCAGGAUGUUCAAACAUUCAAACGAAGACCAUGGCAUUAUCUCAUCCUCGACGAAGCACACAAUAUCAAAAACUUCAGAUCUCAAAGAUGGCAGACUCUCCUAAACUUCAAAGCACAAGCACGCCUUCUAUUAACCGGUACCCCACUGCAGAACAACCUAAUCGAACUGUGGUCACUUCUUUACUUCCUUAUGCCCUCCGGCAACAAUAUGUCCGCUGCUAUGCCCGCUGGGUUUACAGAUCUCAGAGAGUUCCAACAGUGGUUUUCUCGCCCUGUCGACCAACUCAUCGAAGGGGGACGAGAAGGUAUGGAUGAAGAAUCAAAGGAGAGCAUCAGGAAGCUACAUACGAUAUUACGACCUUUUCUUUUAAGGCGUUUGAAGAAAGACGUGGAGAAGCAAAUGCCCGAGAAGCAUGAACACAUUGUUUGGUGUCGGCUUUCCAAACGCCAAAGGUUUUUGUACGACGAUUUCAUGUCUCGAUCACAAACGCGGGAGACGCUCACAAACGGCAAUUAUCUUUCAAUUAUUAAUUGUUUGAUGCAACUGCGGAAGGUGUGCAACCACCCUGACCUGUUUGAGACCCGCCCCAUCAUUACAUCAUUUGCAAUGGGUCGCUCAGUCAUCGCCGAUUUUGAAAUCAACGAACUCCUUGUGCGUCGCAAGUUCCUGCAGGGUGGUACCUUUGAUACAGUUAACUUUGACACGCUUAACCUCAACAUCAUCAGUGCCGAAUCGGAAUCACGUAUCUUCACAGACACUACAAGCAAACUAAUCGCACAGAAGGUGAUCAAGGAUCGUCUUCAUGAUCUCGAGCAAGAAAUUAUUCCUGGUCUCCAGCCUGACUUCUCAUCCUCUAAGGCCCUCAACAACUACAUCUUGAAUCGCAACAAAAUCUGCAAAUUCGAAAAGGUGAAACAGACAGCUUACUUGAAUGCCCUGCGAUGCCGUAGGAAACCAAUUUAUGGGACUGAUCUACGCCAGGCCUGUAAUAUUGGCGCAUUUCCUCAGUUCACCUCCCAACUUCCAGAGAACCGCAAAAGACGCCUCGAGUGGUUGUCAGGCGAAGUUUGUGUUUUGAAAAACAUUACCGCUACGAUAGGCCGUCGCGCGGAUGAAUUCGAUACCAUCAUUCAGAAGUUCGGCUGUGUUACACCGGCUGUCGUUGCUUCUGACAUGCCCUUCAUAACGGUAACGCCUGCCGGUCAGGAAAUUCUACGUCUUGUCAAGGCCAAAAAACUGGAAGAUCCUUUUCAUAGAGCCCGAAACCGUCUCUCCAUUGCCUUCCCCGACAAGCGCCUUUUGCAGUAUGACUGUGGCAAGCUCCAGAAAUUAGAUGCUUUGCUCAGGCAUCUACAGGAUGGUGGGCAUCGGGCCCUAAUUUUCACGCAGAUGACAAAGGUUUUGGAUAUCCUUGAGGAAUUUUUGAACAUCCACGGCCAUAGAUACCUAAGGUUGGAUGGCGCCACUAAAGUCGAACAACGUCAGAUUUUAACAGAGAGGUUCAACAACGAUAAUCGUAUCCUGGUAUUUAUUCUAUCGUCUCGCUCUGGCGGAUUGGGUCUCAACUUGACGGGAGCCGACUCAGUUAUUUUCUACGAUCUCGACUGGAAUCCCGCCAUGGACAAGCAAUGCCAGGACCGAUGCCACAGAAUUGGGCAAACCCGUGAUGUCCACAUUUACCGCUUCGUUUCAGAAUUCACAAUCGAGUCUAACAUUCUGCGCAAGUCAAAUCAAAAGCAAAUGCUUGACGAUGUUGUUAUUCAAGAAGGAGAAUUUACGGUUGACAAGUUUAAUCGGUUGACAGUUGCUGAUUUGUUCGGGGAUGAUGCGAAGAAAUUUGGGCUCGAAUCGAUUGGCGGGAAGACGAUCGGAUCGACUACAGGCAAUAUGAACAAAGCCCUGGAGGAAGUUGAAGACGCUGAUGACGUCGUAGCCGCUAAGGCGGCUUCGAAGGAAGCAGUUGAGAAUCUUGAUAGAGAUGAUUUUGGACGUGAAGAUGGGCAGAAAUCGGGAGCAGGGUCGGGAGUUGUUAUUGAUGAGAUAGCCAAUAAUACUGGAACGCCACGAAACUCGGAGCAUGCAAGUACGCCAGCGGCAGCUCCAACCCCGGUCGAAAACGAAGAUGUUGAAGAGAACCAGGUGGAAGAGGGGGGCAACUCUAGCACGGUUGAUGACUAUCUUGUUCGACUCUGGGUCUGGGAAUUGCGUGAUACGCCCGUCUUCAUACCGGACAAGAACAAGAAGAGGAAGGCAAAGAAGGCGAAACCACCAUAG